CACUCCAAUCACCACCAUCGCCCCUCCUCCCCCCUCUUCUCCUCCAUCUGCUCCAUGCGCUGCGGCGACCCCGGGAUACCUCCAAUUCCUCGCCAGCAGCCCGCUCAUGUCGCUCGACAGUAGUCGCUGAGGCUUACGCGAGGCCGGAUAGCCACGGAAACCAAGGGGCGUGUCUCGGCGCAUGAGACACUCGCUUUUCCAUCGCGUGGAUUGCACCCAGCACAACAGCAGUCAUGGCGACGCCGAGUCAACAGGGAGCCCGCGAGCGCUCCAUGCCGCCCAAUCGACUAAGAUGGGCCACGCAGCGAGUCAAGGGCGCUUCCGCGGCGAAUAAGCGCAAGUCCAUCUUCAAUCGCCAUCUCAGCCGGCGAGGCAGGGAAGAGUCGAAACGCGAGUCGAAUGGCUCGGGCUCGCAUGUCUUGCCGGGAACGGAGGCGCAGGAUAUGAGUUACAAGGAGGAAGGCGAGGGCAGUGAGGACGAUCCGCCGUCGCCCGACAGCCGAAGAAUCUACUUCAACGUGCCCCUACCCGACAGCGAACGCGAUGAGCACGGCCACCCCAUCCACCAGUUUGCACGCAAUAAAAUCCGCACCGCCAAAUACACGCCGCUCACCUUCAUCCCCAAGAACUUGUAUCUCCAAUUCCACAACAUCGCCAACAUCUUCUUCUUCGUCAUCAUCAUUCUCGGAAUCUUCUCCAUAUUCGGCGUCACGAAUCCCGGCCUCGCCGCCGUGCCUCUGAUCAUCAUCCUUACCGUCACCGCUAUCAAAGACGGCAUCGAAGAUGCACGGCGAAGCUCGCUGGACAAUGAGCUCAAUAACGCGCCUGUCCAUCGACUCACUGACUGGGACAACGUCAACACCGUCGAAACUCGGAUAAGUAUGUGGCGGAAAUUCAAAAAGGCCAACUCUCGCGCCGUUCUGUGGAUCUGGCGAAGCAUGAAACAAACCAAGAGAAUGCACAUGAGGAAGCAAACGAGCAAUCUUGUUCCGGACCAGAAACUGGAGAAAGCUCUUGCGGCAGACGAGCGAAGAGGCAGCGUGUUGUCCGAGGAUCUCCACUAUGCACCCGAUCCCGAUGACGACAAUGAGGGCAUGGAAAUGACCCCCGUCCAGUCUCCCGCGUUGAACUCGCGCACUAGUGGUGCCUCUCAUUAUGUCGAUGCGCUUCAGUCACUCGACAUUCCCAAGGACAGCACGGGCGAGCGCCAAACCCCCCGCCCCGCCAAGAAGAAGAACUACGGGAGCUUGAUCAACCCUCGCAAAGAGGUGACGGAACAGGCGCGCUUCAAGAGGGACUACUGGAAGAAUGUCCAGGUGGGUGACUUUGUGAGACUCCGCAACGAGGAACCCAUCCCCGCCGACAUCAUUGUCUUGGCCACAAGCGAGACCGACGGCGCGUGCUACAUCGAAACCAAGAAUUUGGACGGCGAAACGAAUCUGAAAGUUCGAACGGCGAUCCAUUCUGGACGAAAGGUCCGCCGAGCGCGAGAUUGUGAAGCAACCGAGUUUACCAUCGAGUCAGAGCCGCCUCACGCCAAUCUUUACGCCUACUCCGCUGUCGUCAGAUGGCAGCAGUACGAUCCCAGGGACCCGCAAGCGCCACCCAAAGAGAUGGCCGAACCGAUUGGCAUCAAUAACCUGCUUCUCCGUGGCUGCACCCUUCGAAACACCGAGUGGAUCCUGGGGGUCGUUGCUUUCACUGGCGAGGAAACUAAAAUUAUGAUCAACUCGGGCAUCACCCCCUCCAAGCGCGCGUUCCUCUCCAAGGACCUGAACUGGAACGUGAUCUACAACUUCAUGAUCCUCUUCGGCAUGUGCCUCACCGCGGGUUUGGUGGAGGGCACGACCUGGGCGAAACCAAACACUUCCAUCAAGUACUUCGAAUUCGGAUCUUACGGCGGCACCGCUGCCGUCAACGGCCUGAUCACGUUCUUUGCGGCCAUGGUCUUGUUCCAAGACUUGAUCCCCAUCUCCCUGUACAUCUCGCUCGAAAUCAUCCGCACUGCUCAGGCCUUUUUCAUCUACUCCGACGUCUACAUGUACUACGAGAAGCUCGACUACCCCUGCACUCCUAAAAGCUGGAAUCUCUCGGAUGAUCUCGGCCAGAUUGAGUACGUCUUCUCCGACAAAACCGGUACGCUGACGCAGAAUGUGAUGGAGUUCAAGAAGUGCAGCAUCAACGGCGUACCGUACGGCGAGGCCUACACCGAGGCCUUGGCCGGGAUGCGCAAGCGACAAGGCGUCAACGUGGAGGAGGAAGGGGCGAAAGCACGGGAACAAAUUGCGCGUGACCGAGUGACGACCAUCGAGGGCCUGCGAAAUAUCUACGACAACCCUUAUUUCAGAGACGAUGAUAUGACGUUCGUCGCGCCGGAUUUUGUUGCCGACUUGCGCGGGGACGGUGGCGACGAACAGAAAGAGAAGUGUGAGAAUUUCAUGCUCACGCUCGCUCUCUGCCAUUCCGUCAUCACCGAGCGAACGCCCGGCGAUCCACCAAUGAUCGAGUUCAAAGCGCAGAGUCCAGACGAGGCGGCGCUUGUUGCAACGGCUCGAGAUGUCGGCUUUACGGUGAUGGGACGGGAGAAUGAACUAAUCUUCGUCAACGUCCACGGCGAGGAACGGACCUUCACCAUUCUCAACACCCUCGAAUUCAACUCCACUCGGAAACGGAUGAGCGCGAUUGUGCGCAUGCCGAAUGGUAAAAUUAUUCUACUAUGCAAGGGCGCCGACAGCAUCAUCUACUCCCGCCUCCGGCGCGGCGAACAGGCCGAGCUGCGCAAAACAACGGCCGAGCACUUGGAGAUGUUCGCUAGAGAAGGCCUGCGCACGCUGUGUAUCGCGCAGCGCGAAUUGGAUGAGGACGAAUAUCAGAAGUGGAAUCUUGAGCACGACGCGGCCGCUGAAUCAGUGCAGGAUCGUGAUGACAAGCUGGACGCGGUCGCCGACAAGAUCGAGCGCGAUCUGACGCUCCUGGGAGGCACCGCCAUCGAAGAUCGAUUGCAGGAUGGAGUGCCCGAUGCAAUCCAACUCCUGGCACAGGCGGGAGUGAAGCUUUGGGUGCUCACUGGCGACAAGGUGGAGACGGCGAUCAACAUUGGGUUCUCGUGCAACCUUCUCGACAACGACAUGGAUCUGAUCAUUUUGAAGGCGGAAGAAGACAAUCUCGACCAGGCCGAGGAAUUACUCGACAAGCACCUUGCGUCUUUCGGCAAGACCGGGUCGGACGAAGAGCUCAAGGCUGCACAGCAGAAUCACGAAGCGCCGGCGCCCACUCACGCGCUUAUCAUUGAUGGCGACACAUUAAAGUUGGUGCUCGACGUCCGUCUCAAGCAAAAGUUCUUGCUCUUGUGCAAGGAGUGCCGGUCGGUGCUGUGCUGUCGAGUCAGCCCGGCGCAGAAGGCUGCUGUGGUUCGUCUCGUCAAACACGGACUGGAGGUCAUCACUCUUAGUAUAGGCGAUGGUGCCAACGAUGUUGCCAUGAUUCAAGAGGCGCACGUCGGUGUCGGUAUUGCUGGCGAAGAGGGCAGACAGGCAGUGAUGAGCUCCGACUACGCUAUAGGGCAGUUCCGGUUUUUGACGAGACUCAUGCUGGUGCAUGGACGAUGGAGCUACAGGAGAUUGGCGGAGAUGAUUCCAAACUUCUUUUACAAGAACAUUGUCUGGACGUUUGCGCUCUUCUGGUACCAGAUCUACGACAACUUCGACUGUUCGUAUGCUUUCGACUAUUCGUACAUCUUGCUGUACAACCUGGCCUUCACGUCGCUUCCCGUCAUUUUCAUGGGCAUUCUGGACCAAGACGUAUCGGACAAAGUCUCGCUAGCGGUGCCCCAGCUUUACCGCAGAGGCAUCGAGCGCAAGGAAUGGACGCAGACCAAGUUCUGGAUCUACAUGUUCGAUGGUCUCUACCAAUCCGUUAUCGCCUACUACUUUGCAUACCUCAACUUCCGGCCAGCAAACUUCUUGUCGGAGUCCGGACACGUCAUCAGCGACUACCAGCGAUUGGGUGUCUUCAUUGCGCACCCGGUCGUCAUCGUGGUGAACGUGUACAUCCUGCUUAACACGUACCGAUGGGAUUGGUUCUUCGUCCUGAUCACGGUCAUCUCGAUCCUGCUCAUCUUCUUGUGGACCGGAGCGUACACCGCGUUUACGUCCAGCUUUACGUUUUACGAAGCGGCACCCGAAGUGUACGGCGCGCUGACCUUCUGGUGCAACCUCCUGCUGGCAGUCGUCAUGUGUCUUGCGCCGCGAUUCACGGCCAAGGCAUUCCAAAAGAUGUACUACCCACGCGAUGUCGACAUUGUUCGCGAGCAAGUCAAGCAAGGCAAAUUCGACUACCUCAACGACGUGGACCCUGGUAGCGUCACUCCUGCUCCGGAGAAGCUGACCGCGGACUCUGCAAGUAGCACAGAGUACGGCAGUGGGCGGCCGCUUGGCUCAGGCCUGAAGGUUGAGCUCGCGGAAGACACCAGACCAAUCUACCCGCCUUCCCUCGCCCCCACCAGCACCACACACAACACACGCACGGCAAACAACAGCGAUAGUACCGGGUACACAGGCGGCGUGCGGCAAGACAGCAUCGACCGCGCAUUCCCAUACGUGGGAGGCCGCACUGAACCGCCCACGCCGGCGGCAGAGCCGAACAACCUCAACCUCACCGCGCCCAUAGGCCUCACCAUGACCACCAGCAACUACUCCAAUCCUUAUCCGCCCACUCCAGCGUCCGAACGGAUGCGGCCGAGCUUUGAUCGGCCCCGCCCGAGUUUCGACAGAGUGCGGUCGAGCAUGGAUCGCGUGCGGCCGAGUUUUGAAGCUAGUCGCGACUUUACGUCGGCGUCGUACUUGACGCGCGUGGAGAGUAGUCAGUCGGGCCACAUGCCGGCGCCUACUGCCGGGCCGAGUAAGAUGAGGGAGGAGAUGUGAGCCCGAUUGGCAUCAAGCUGGCAGUGAUGAGAGUUGACGGCGUGGUGUUGAUUGGUACAUAUGAACGGUCUUUUUGUCUAUAUGAUGCGGGUGCUUUGCGCUGCUUGUGAGGGCUCUAGCAUGGGAUGGGACUGGGUGUGUCGCUGCUUUCAUUUCCUGGAUAGACGUGUUCGCUAGGAGUCCUGGGUUUGCAUACGUGCCUUAGGGGAUAUGAAUGAAUGUAGCUUUGUCUGUCUUUAAAGAACUCCUGAACGCUCGUAUAGUGGAUUGAAGUGAAUGAAGUGGAGGCUUGGCGUUCUAUUCUGGCGUUGGGUUGCCAUGGAGACGACUUCGCUUUGGCGAGGCACGUUUCAGGCCGCAACGCCAGGCCAACGCCAACACGACAACCCCGUC